CGGUCGUUCUGAAGAUGGCGUCGGCAGUGUGCGCGACGCUUCGCGUCGAGGACGUGAGACGAGGACGGUGGCGAAUUAGAGGAGGAGGAGGAGGAGAAGAAAUUGGUGUUUAGUGAACUAGUAAUAUCAUAGUCGAUCAUUUUACUAAAAGAGUAAUAAUAGAGGAAAAAUAUAGAUACUCGUUAAAGGUGUCGAGGGCACCCUCAAGAGCGGCAACCUUCUGAGCUUGUGCUCGUUAAAUGGGCCAAUCCGGUGACGGCUUCGUCGUCUUAUUGCAUGUUCUGUCUUUCUUAUACAUAUAUAUAUAUAUAGAUAUAGAUAGAUAGAUAAACGUGUGUAUGUGUGUACAUGUGUACAUAUAUACAUGCAAAUAGGAAUAUCGGGCUCCGUUUUACCCCGGAUCUCGAGUGACAGGCGGCCGCUUACGUAACGGAUUAUUCUCGCUAUGAUAACGAUACUCCAGGCGCGAAUACGAAACGACAGAAACGAUCCUUCCAACGACGGGUGGUUAUUCGCGGCGCUGCCUGCGACCCUGCCAGAAAUACGUCGUGACUGACCCGAAUAAUCAUCUCUCCUCUUCCUUCUCUUAACCCUCCUACUCCUAUUCCUCCUCUUAUUUUCUUCCUCCACUUCGGCUUAUUCUACUUUGACUAUUACUACUAAUACUAAUUCUUCUUCCUCGGUUAUUCUCCACUUCCUCGUUGUUCAUUCUUUGGGCUCGUUGUCGUCGUCGUCGUUGCACUCAUCUUCCUUUUUUUUAUCGUCGUCUACCACCUACUUCUCUUUUUUCAAUAUAUAAUAUAUGUAUAUAUAUAGUAUUUACUCAUAUAUAUAUAUACAUAUAUCAGCACCCGUGUGGUGUCUCUGUGAAAGCAUCCCGUCGGGAUUUCAUUCCUCUCGUUGAUAAACCGCAGCAGAACGACAGACCUGCAAAUAACAAACGGACAAGAAAUUAUGACAGCUGCGCUCGUCAUGGAAAACAUUAAUUGGGAUCCCGCAUUGUCGAAACUUUUGAAGUCAUUGAAGGAAAACAAAUCGGAAAUACCAAGUUGUACCGACGAAGAAUUCGGUUUUCUAAGCGAAUUGUUACAAUCUAAGGAAUUGAACGCAUUGGUCACAGUUCACAAUAAGAUAAUAAACAAUGUCAAGGAUGAUAAGUUCUUUCCCGUAUUGUCCAAUUCUAUGGACAUCGAUAUUGAAGUUCUCGAUAUGUUGUCUACGAAAACUCACGUUUCCGAAGAUUACAAAGAACUUUUUCAUCUUUUACAAAAACCUAAUAUGCAGGGUUUACUAUGCGCUCACGACGCCGUUGCCCAAAAGGAUUACUAUCCCAGAUUACCCGAAAUUCCAUUGGAAGUAGACGAGGAUGAGGAAACGGUUAAGAUCGUUCAGCUGGUCAAAUCGAACGAGCCCCUGUGCGGCACCGGGGUCGAACCGAUCGUGGGAGCAACCAUAAAGACCUGCGAGGAAACCGGAAAGAUCGUGAUCGCACGAAUAAUGCACGGUGGUGCAGCAGACAGAUCUGGCCUUAUUCAUGUUGGGGAUGAAGUAUGCGAGGUCAAUGGUAUCAGCGUUGAAGGGAAGACACCGAAUUGCGUUCUUAAAAUUCUGCAAAAUUCGGAAGGUACGAUAACGUUCAAAAUCGUACCGGCAGACAGCAAGGGUGGAAUAAGAGAAAGCAAGGUACGAGUGAGAGCACAUUUUUCGUACAAAGCUUCCGAAGAUCCUUAUAUACCAUGCAAGGAAGCAGGAUUGGAUUUCGUCAAAGGUGAUGUCUUGCACAUCGUCAGCCAGGACGAUGCAUAUUGGUGGCAAGCAAGAAGAGAAGGUGAUCGAAAUAUGAGAGCCGGUUUGAUCCCCAGUAGAGCACUUCAGGAACGUAGGAUCAUUCUCGAGAGACAACAAAGGGAAAAAAUCGACGAUGACAAUAUAAGCUUGUGUUCUGUUCCAGUGCCUUUGCCCGCAUUGUGCCCCCGUCCCAGUACCUCUUUGCACGCCUCGCCUACAAAGUGCAACUUGCAGGGAAUAAAAACUAAAAAAAUCAUGUAUGACGCUGCAGAAAACGACGACUUCGAUCGGGAAGAGGUACCGACUUACGAAGAGGUAGCCAAACUUUAUCCAAGGCCGGGUCUCUACAGACCCGUUGUUCUUAUUGGACCACCUGGUGUCGGCAGAAACGAACUCAAGAGAAGGCUGAUGUCAACCGAUUCUGACAAAUACAAAACUCCUGUGCCCUAUACUUCAAGACCUCCCAGGUCAGGUGAAAUCGACGGUAAGGAAUAUCAUUUCGUAACUCGUGAAAAAAUGGAAGAGGAUAUCGAAACUGGUAAAUUCAUCGAGUAUGGGGAAUACAAAGGGAACCUUUACGGGACUAGUGCGGAGAGUGUUAGUUCUUUGAUCAAUGCAGGAUACGUUUGCUUAUUAAAUCCACAUUAUCAGGCACUGAAGAUGCUUAGAACGCCACAAUCUAAACCAUACGUGAUUUAUAUCAAACCACCUAGGUUUGAGACACUUCAAGAAACGAGAAACGAAGCAAGAGCUAGGUCUACCUUCGAUGAAAGCAACUCACGAGGCUUUACGGACGAAGAAUUUAACGAGAUCCUGCAUAGUGCAGCAAGGAUAGAAUUCCUUUAUUCUCAUCUCUUCGAUGAAGUCAUCGUAAAUGCUGAUCUUUCGAUAGCUUUUGAACAACUAGUAAACGCCGUUCACAGAGUUGAAUCCGAACCUCUUUGGGUUCCAGCUUCUUGGGUGCAAUGAAUACAAUUCUCUCCUACAACCUAUUCGAGUUUAACCAAUGAACGGGAUAUAUGGUUGAUUAAGAUAAUCCGGACAAAUAAGAGAGAAAAACAGAGAGAGCUAAAAAAUAAACAAUACGUGCUUCUUAUCGCUAAAUAAGAGAAAGGAUAAGUUUCUUUCCUCUCGAGAAACAAAACGAAAUUAAACGGUACGCUAAUACGUAUUUUUAACUCUUUCAAACAUUAUUCUUAAAUUCUAUCGGAGUUUUUUGUUUUUUUUUUGGAUUGAUUGAUAAAAGAAUUCGCUAUAAAUUAACAAAAAAUAAAAUGAAGAUAAUAUUAUUCGAAUAUAAGAAUGAAAACGUAUGAACGAUUGAUUAAUCGAUUUUAUUCUCGAGAGGAAUAAUAAACUUGCCAAACAAGAAUGGCUGUUUUCGCGUCGACUUCCUACGACGACGUUUCGAAGUUAACAAAAUUUACAAUUUAGAAUGUUACAUUGCCUUUAUACCCAUAGUUAAAGAAAAACAAAAGGA